UGUGUCCGAACCAGACGGGACGGGGAGAUCGAGAGGGAGGGAGGGGGAGAGAGAGAGAGUGAAUAGGGAAUAUAGAUGAGAGAUUAAGGGGAAGGGAGAGGGAACCAUAAUGAUGAUGGGAGAAGGGAGCCAUUACAAUCCAACGGUUCACGUCCCGCCGUGGACCCCCUUCGACGAUCCGACAGCGGGGGUCGCGUACAACCUCCCCGUGAGCGGGGUCACCGGCGACAGUGGGCACUGCUCCCCCUACGCGCUGGGGGAGGCGGCGCUGGCCGCGCUGCAGCGCUACCUCCCCUGCAACGAGCCUUACUCGGCGGGGGAGGAUUCCGACGAGUCGGAGCUGGCGGACGCGCCGGUGGACGCCUACUCGUGCGACGAGUUUCGGAUGUACGAGUUCAAGGUGCGGCGGUGCGCGAGGGGGCGUUCCCACGACUGGACGGAGUGCCCCUACGCCCACCCGGGCGAGAAGGCUCGUCGGAGGGACCCCCGGAAGUACCAUUACUCCGGCACCGCCUGCCCGGACUUCCGGAAGGGAAACUGCAAGCGGGGCGACGCCUGCGAGUUCGCCCAUGGGGUGUUCGAGUGCUGGCUCCAUCCGUCCCGCUACCGGACUCAACCGUGCAAGGAUGGCACCGCCUGCCGUCGCCGCGUCUGCUUCUUCGCCCACACCCCGGAGCAGCUCCGCGUGCUUCCCGAGCAGCAACAGCAGCAGCAGCUGAGUCCGAGGACUGCAGCAGCCAUGGACUCCUACGACGGUUCUCCGCUUCGUCACCAGCAUACCUUUGAGCCUUACGUCUCCAAGAAUCUGUUCUCGUCGUCGCCAACCUCGACGCUGAUAUCGCCGCCGAUAUCUCCGCCGUCGGAGUCGCCCCCGAUGUCUCCGAGCGGUGGCCCAGGUGUGCGGCGGUCGUCGUGGCCGGUGAACGAGGUGCUGGCGUCGUUGAGGCAGUUGCAGCUGAGCAAGGUAAGGUCCGCACCGAAUUCCUGGGGGUAUGGAAUGGGCGGCGGGGCUGGUUUUGGGUCGCCAAGGGGUGGGACGGGUUUUAGGGCGGGGUUCUGUAGCUUGCCAUCGACGCCGACGGCGGGGGCGGUCGGCGGGGGAGCUGUUUUUCUGGAGGGGCCUGAAGGAGGUUCUCUUGAGGAAGAAGAGGCGGUGGAGAGAGUGGAGUCCGGGAGGCCGCUGAGGGCCAAGAUGUUCGAGAGGCUUAGCAAGGACAGCGUUCUGGAGAAGCCGGAUGCCGCCACGCCAGCUGGGCCGGCGCCGGACGUUGGUUGGGUGUCCGAGUUGGUGAAGUAGUGGGCCGUGAAGUAGUGGCCAGUUCUGAGUUUGGGGUGGGAGGGGGGUGAGAAAUUGACGGAAAGGAAGUAGUAUUUUGGGUUGGUAGCCCCCUUUUUUUUGGAUUAUUGUGAAUAUUUUGAGUUUAAAAGAAAAAAAAAUUGGAAAAAGGUGUUAUUCUGUAAAUAUGAUGGACGGGGAUGGCAAGAGAGGGUUGUUCUGUUUUGGGGUUCAUGGUGGCGCAGGGAGAGGGAUUAAGAAGAUUGAAGAAGUUACUGACGGUGAUGGCUUUCUGGGUUUCAUUUGUACAGGGAAGCUGCCAAAGAUGGGUAGUCCUGCAAUGAUGUUAUUUUGAUUUAUUUCAAGCACAUCCAUGUUAUUGUCUCCUUUAAAUGUCCAUUUUGGUUAGUUUGUGUCCAUCCAAAGUUUCUGAUUCCGCUGUGAACCGGUAUUUUAUGUUCAUACCUUCUGUUGCUCUUGAGUAUGAUUGUAAUAUAUUUUUCUGCUAUCUAUGCGAACUUUAAGUAGAUUAAGAGGA